AUGUCGCUUCCAUCCGGCUCAUCAGAGUCAUCGCCUAAUUUACCAAGGCCAAUCUCCCAGGAUGAUUCCCUGCAAUCAAUAAAAACUGAAGACCAGACGGAAUUAUAUGACCAUAGGAGGCAUCCGGAUUUAACGCCAGUUCGUAACCGAGCUACCGCAUUGAAACAAGACGAAAUGGCUAAGCACUUCGAACCUACUACUUCUAAAGAGCAAACAAAUGCUACAAAAAUUAGUAACUCACCUACUAGAGGCAGCAUACAUUCCAAAGAUGUAGGUCCUGAGUUGGAUGAGACAACUGAUCAGCCAAGAACGUGUGCGACUUCGACUUUAAAAGCGAGGCCCUCUAAAUUAGCACAUCCCAUGCCACAUCAAAGGCUGCACCACGUGGUGAACAAGAAUGACUCUUUGCCUCAGAAUGUAGGUAUAAUGAAAAAUCAUAAUAGGCCGCAUACUACCAUUCCUCCAACCAUCAGAUCCAAGUUAAGCGCGCCUUCCUCGGUAGGUCCUCCUACAAAGGUUCAUCAAUCUUCAGUAGUUAAUUCGAUUUUCGAAACCCCGCUCGAAACGAAAGCUGAUAUGUAUUCCAAGCACCCAAAAUCGAAGAGGAGGACACAGUCAACUACAUCUACACACUCGUCAAUUAAUCCUGCGGUUUUACUUACGAAGAGUCUAUCUCAAAAGUCCGACGCUGUUGAAAAUGAUUCGCAGGAAAGGGAGCCAGUACGUAUGAAUACCAGAGGUUCUGUUAAUAGCGAUAUAUCACAGGCCUCCGAGGAUUCACAAGGGACGGAGGAAGAUGUUUGUUUCCCAAUGCCCCGACACGUUCACACAAGAGUCAACGGUAUUGAUUUUGAUGAACUAGAAGAAUAUUCACAGUUUGCUAACGCAGAAAAGAGCCGCUUUCUUGCGAGUCUCCAAGGACCUAUUGGGCAAAAAUUCAGUAACACGUCUCACGAUAUUGGAUUUACAAGCUCUACUUCCACUUCAAGGUCGUUAUCAGCCCUCAAAUACACACCUGCAGUUAUGCCGACUGGCGGAAACAGAAAUAGCACUAAUGAAACGUAUGUAUCCCAGAAGAAAGAAAAGGAGAAUGAAGACGAUAAGUCUGCCUCAUAUCCUGACGUCUCAUUUGGUAAAAAUAAAGUUGAAGGAGAAGAUGCAAAUAUCCCGCCCCGCGAUGCAGUAUAUUCGUCAUACCAAAAUACAGAUUUUCAAAUCCCCAAUAGGUUUGUUUUUUUUUGUUCAGAAUCUGACGAAACCGUACAUGCUACUGAUAUCCCGUCCUUGGUGUCUGAAGGCCAGUCGUUCUAUGAAUUGUUCAGAGGGGGGGAACCAACUUGGUGGUUAGACUGUAGUUGCCCAACAGAUGACGAGAUGCGUUGCCUGACAAGGGCAUUUGGUGUACAUCCUUUGACAGCAGAAGAUAUUCGGAUGCAGGAAACUCGUGAGAAAGUAGAACUUUUCAAGUCAUAUUAUUUUGUUUGUUUCCAUACAUUUGAAAACGAUAAAGAAUCGGAAGAUUUCCUAGAGCCCAUUAACGUUUACGUAGUCGUUUGCAGAUCCGGCGUUUUGACCUUCCAUUUUACGCCAGUAUCCCAUUGCGCCAAUGUUAGAAGACGUGUGAGACAACUGCGUGAUUAUGUUAACGUCAAUUCAGAUUGGUUAUGUUAUGCCUUGAUUGAUGAUAUUACCGAUAGUUUUGCUCCGGUCAUUCAAUCCAUCGAAUAUGAAGCAGACUCUAUCGAAGAUUCCGUAUUUAUGGCUCGCGAUAUGGACUUUGCAGCCAUGCUACAAAUAAUUGGUGAAAGCAGGCGUAAGACAAUGACGCUAAUGAGACUUCUAAGUGGUAAGGCUGAUGUUAUUAAAAUGUUUGCAAAAAGGUGUCAAGAUGAUGCUAGUGGUGUCGGGCCAGCAUUAACGUCACAAAUGAACAUAACAAAUUUACAAGCAAGACAAGAUAAUAUUAAUCGCACCAAUAACAAUAGCUAUGCAACUUUACCAAAUAGCUACGCGCCCACAACUUCACAACCAAGGGGAGAUAUCGCAUUGUAUUUAGGAGAUAUUCAAGAUCAUUUGCUGACAAUGUUUCAAAAUUUGUCGGCAUAUGAAAAGAUUUUCUCUAGAUCUCAUACAAACUACUUAGCCCAAUUACAGGUAGAGUCAUUCAAUUCUAAUAACAAAAUCACUGAAAUGUUAGGCAAAGUCACAAUGCUGGGUACGAUGUUAGUUCCAUUGAACGUUAUUACCGGUCUGUUUGGUAUGAACGUUACAGUGCCAGGAGGAAAUUCUAGUAUUGCCUGGUGGUUCGGUAUAUUGGGGUUUCUUCUUUUAUUGGGCGUUGGAGGCUGGUUCUUGGCAAACUUUUGGAUCAAAAGAAUAGAUCCUCCAUCUACACUAAAUGAAGCCGCGGAGAGCGGUGCUAAAUCAGUUAUAUCCAGUUUUUUACCAAGAAGAAAUAAACGAUUUAACGAUCGUUCCAAAAAUGGUACUGUAAGAACCAGCUCUUCAAAAACGUCAGUUGCAAGUCUUCCUAGUAGAUGUGUUCGUUAUGACUGA